UACGAAGCAUCGAGCGGAACUUAAAGGAACUCUUUUGUGUUGCGGUUAUCUUCUUGUUGUUUUUGAACGAAGAAGGACGAAAUUCUACUUUGAAUGUUCUUACAUUAUGCUUGGAGAUGCUGGGCUUGUAAAGAACCUCUUUGGGCUUAAGAUAUCUUGAAUUCGAAGGAAUUUGACUGUGAAAACUUUCUAUUUUGCCAGAAAGACAAAACUGUCGGUUUUAAAUUUUAUGAACUGAUUGUAAUUAUGAAACUGCAGUAGUGUUCAAUUGACUCGAAGGAAGACAAGACACUGAAGCGUAAAAACUUCUGCGCAAGAUUAUAUUGAAAGACGAAGCUUUAAUAUAACUAUGAGACCAGCAAACGCAUUCCGUAGUCAGAUUCAUACAAUGCAAAAGUGGUUUACAGAAUGGAAUGAAUGUGAACGCACAAUUGCAUUGUAUUAUCUUCUCAGACAGAUGACUCCUGUUCAUGCGAGAUUUUUGUCCGUUGUUAUGGAGCAUCAUUUUCGCGAUCAUAAAUAUCGUACCCAGAUGUACGAAGAACAGGCUAACGACAGAGAAUUUCUAAUCAGUUUAACGUCAAAACCACGUGACGAAGUUGUGAAACAGUUAUUAUUACAUCUGCCGCUUCUUCAACCGGGUAACCAUUUAGCACGGGAGGAAUAUCUUAAAAUAUUACCUCUAGUAUUGACGUAUUCUCGGAGUCAACGGAUACACGAGGACGAAUGUCGUCAACUUCUCUCUCUUGCUCUCGUUCACCCAGCAUUUCCUGCAGACGAAAGGAACCGCUUACAGCAAUGGCUGGAUGGCCAUGAAAAAUGUGUUGACGGCUUUUACGACGCAAAAGUUACAGCUGAUUUUCCUCCAGUUGAAAAUCCUCCAUCGAGUCGCAUUGGCACCUGGCAAAGACAAAGACUUGAGAAAAAGGAUUCAGGUCUUGGGGGCUCUUUUGAAUAUCAUCAACCGACAUUCAACCCACCUGGUCUACCACCGCCUGCACAUCAAGCUUCUACAGCUACACAUUCUAAAGUGUUUAAAACCCACAGUCUGAACAUACAACCUGAGCGAACAAACCAAAGUAACGGAGGAGAAGAUGUGUUUAAUGAUCAAAUAGAAAUUGUGAAUCGUCCAGGACGUUCGCAGUCCUUUCCUGUUGAUCCACAAAAGUUCAACAAGAUCCCAUUGUCACCUCAGUCAUCCAUUGAUAGUGAAACUGAUGAGCCAUGUAAUGCAGUGAAAAUAGGCAAUUAUCCAGAAAAUCCAAAUCCAGGAAUGCGAGAUUACAUUUUGUGGUUGAAAAGUCUUCGAUUGCAUAAGUAUGCUCCUCUUUUCUCCAAAAUUACAUAUGACAACAUGUUCAAUUUAGCGGAGAAGGAACUUGAGUCGAAGAAUGUUACUAAGGGAGCGAUGACGAAAAUCAUGUUAAGUAUUAAGAAACUGAAGGAAAGAUCUUAUCAAUUAUCAUGUUUGGAAAAGGAAGUCCACGAGGAGGGAAAACUUUCAAAUGUUUUGGAAUCGCUGAAAGCCAUUCUUCACACUCCAAUCAAGCCAUUCUUUCCCUUUAACGGAGAAGAUUUGAUCGAAAAUGGAAACACACCCUCACCUAGUCCUCAUCCGGAUGAUCUUCCUUCACAACUUACCAAAGUGAUUGGAAAAGCAUGCACACAACUAUUGGUCUCAAAACCUAACGAUGAGAAUUUUUCUGUGUAUAUAAGUCUUUUGGAAAAGGCUUUAAAUAAAGAGGCUUUUACUGCUCAGCAGAAGAAGCGACUUCAAUCAUGGAAACAACAAUGUCUCAUGUCUGCUAGACGUUUUAAUCCUCGUCGUGGUUCACAUGAUCGUGGACGUUGGCCAUAUCAUGGUGGAGACUCUUCCAACGUUGGCGUAAAAAGACAACGAGGUUCUCAGCGGGGUCUUAAUAAGUUGGGGAUUGGAUUCAAUACAAACAACCAUGGUCCCGUUAACCCUGCAACAAUGAGAAGUAAUACGACUGAAGGCUAUUAUAAACCAAGGCAGCAGCUUCAGAAACAUGCUCUAGUAUCGCGUACAAAAUCUGCUCCGAUUCCUGCCUCAAAGCAAAGACACGCAAUGUUAGGCAUGACUCAUCAAGCGUCAACUGACAGUGUCGAAGGUAUUAAUGAUAGUUUGGAAUCUCUAUGUUGGAGUAUGACUGAGCAUGCGUUAGCAGAUAAUUCAGAUUGCUCAUGAAGAAUGGCAACAAUGUGAUUAUUCACUUCUUGCAAGAUACCUUGUCAUUCGUUGCUCGUUAUUUUUGUUCUCGUUGUCGUUAUAUUUUAAGUUCUUCAUUAUCAUAGAGGUCAGAUUAUGUUUAGUUUUAGUUGUCGCUUUUCACGUGCGCAAACAAAGCACUUGUGAAUUGUGAUGUGGUUGUUUUUCACUGUCACAGUGGUCAGCGGAUGUGUAGUUUUCAACAAACUACUUGUCAUGCGCAUAUGUUUUGAGCGACUAAUUAAGUAAAGGUUGUUUAAUGAGGCUCUCCUUUGUAGCUCAUUAAACUCUUUUUACCUUUACAAAGAUCGACAUUUUUCCUUAAAAGACAAAAAGUUACUCGGAAAUAAGAGAUUAAAUCGACUUAAAAUACCAUUGUAGAUUUUCGGACGCAAAAUUCUGUCCUUUACAUUAACGUUUUUUCUUCAAUUUGUUAAAGCGCGACUUUGACAGGUUGACUUUUCAAAGUCUUUUUGUAACUAUUCAUUUUGAAUGAUGAUCUUUUUGAGAAGUUGUGCGUAUGGAGGAUAAUUUUGAUUAUUAUCAUCAUUUCGUAAAAACUUUACUUUGCUUUCUUAUAUCUUUCUAAAAAGUUUAAUUAAAGCUAAAUUUCCUCCACCCAACUUUUCAUAAAAAAAUGAACCGUUAAACAUGGGAUUAGCUGGCUUGUCUUGAGAGACUCUCCCAUGAUCUUUGUUUAGGAAGUCAUUCAAAAUGUUUAUCUUGUUUCGUGUUUAUUCAAUGCUGUUGGUGUGUAAAAUUUGUAGUCAUAGUCCUUUGUUUGCUCAUAUACUCAAUAGUUAACUAUUGACAUAACAUGCUCAUAUUCUGAUCACGUGAUCACAAAUUGAUGCCAAUGGCUACUGACGUGCUGUGGCUUCGGUUUUGGUCACUCAUUUAUGAAAGUAUCAACUAUCAAAGUAUUUAAAAUAGUCAACAAAGUCUUGCAGCGUUGACGCAGCGAAAAACUCAAGCGGUUUGCCCAAGUAGAAUACUGACGGAAACUUUUCCCACUAGAUAUUUUUUCCAUGCAUGUCUUUCACAAAAAACAAAGGGAAACAUAAAUAUGCUUAAGAUGAUGAUCAACCUCAUCCUUUACGUCUUGAACUGCUGGACAUUUUCGAACUUUUAUUUAGAUUUUCCCACUGACCUCAGUACUCUACCAUUGGGUAUUCUGCAUACAUUGAAAGCAACUGGAUUGCAUUGUAUAAUAUAUUUUCUAGUAAGAGCGAGUGGUUGAUACACUCUCUUAUAAAUUGUACACUUUCAUGUUGUACGAAGGUGAUAUACAAUAUUAUGCUGCACUGUUCUUGUUUAAAAAAAUCUCGUUCUUGCGACUGUGGAUUCAGUUGAGUGAAACGACGAUCGCUCUGGCCAGCAGAUCGUUUGUAUAGUAUAGAUAUUGUUUUAACAUUAAAGUCUACAAAUGCUGCAUUUAUAAGUUAAAGAAGUAGUUAUACUGUGAAACAUAUAAUGGUUGUAGCUGCGUUAUUAAACGUUAAAAUAUGUUAGAGUGUAUAAAAUAAAGUUUAGUUCAUUGUUAA